CGGAGUCGCCGGGUUUCACUUCCUUGAUGCACACUCAGCUAACAGUGCUGCACAAUGAAAAUACUAGGUUUACUGAGCUUAUUAGCCACGUAUUUAUCAGCCAACAGUGUCAAUAUCGAGGAGAACGCAGGAGAGUUCUUCAGCAGUGGUCAUACAAACAACUGGGCCGUUCUGGUGUGCACAUCCAGAUUCUGGUUCAACUACCGCCAUGUCGCCAAUACUCUGUCAGUCUACAGAAGUGUUAAGAGGCUGGGCAUUCCUGACAGCCACAUAGUUCUCAUGCUGGCUGAUGACAUGGCUUGUAACCACCGAAACCCCAAACCUGCCACAGUGUUCAGCCACAAAAACAUGGAGCUCAAUGUGUACGGCGAUGACGUGGAGGUGGACUACCGCGGCUAUGAGGUGACCGUGGAGAACUUCCUGCGCGUUUUGACCGGCCGGCUACCACCCAGCACUCCACGCUCAAAGCGCCUGCUCUCCGAUGACCGCAGCAACAUCCUUAUAUACCUGACAGGCCAUGGCGGGAAUGGCUUUCUGAAGUUCCAGGACUCUGAGGAGAUAAGUAAUGUGGAACUGGCUGAUGCUUUUGAGCAGAUGUGGCAGAAAAGAAGGUACAACGAGUUGCUCUUCAUCAUUGACACCUGCCAAGGCGCCUCCAUGUAUGAAAGGUUCUACUCCCCAAACCUCAUGGCUUUGGCCAGCAGUCAAGUUGGAGAGGAUUCCCUGUCGCACCAGCCAGAUUUGGCCAUAGGAGUCCAUUUGAUGGACCGUUACACCUUCUACCUGCUGGAGUUCCUGGAAGACAUCCACCCUUCGAGCAAAUCCAACAUGAAUGACCUGUUCAAAGUAUGUCCCAAGAGUCAGUGUGUGUCCACCCCGGGCCACCGUAUUGAUCUUUUCCUGAGGGACCCCGGAAGUGCCCUCAUAACAGAUUUCUUUGGUAGUGUGCGCAAAGUGGAAAUCACCAUGGAAACCAUCAACUUGACCGACCCCAUUGAGCAGGUGGAGCAGAAUUUUGUGAAUGAAGAUCUGAAAAGAGAGACUUAUUCAUAUGUGGACCAGCUGCCCGUGUCUGAGAUAAUCCACCAGAAACCGAAGCAGAAGGACUGGCAUCCUCCCGACGGCUUCAUCCUGGGCCUGUGGACUCUAAUCCUCCUGGUGUUUUUCAAGACGUACGGCAUGAAGCACCUCAAACACAUCUUCUGAGGCCGCAGCGCAUACGCCACUGGAUACCCGAGGACGGCUGGAGAUACGGAGCUGCCCCCCCCCCCUCGGGCGUCUGACAGGCUUAUUUUCCUGAAAAUGGAAAGUAGACGUAUGGCACCACAAAUGCCUGGCCAAAAACUGUGUAAUGCAAUUGGUGCCUUUUUUUUGUUGGGGUUUGGAUGACUGCUCUAUGCUGAUGAAUUUCAACAUUUGUGUAACCACUAGCAGUUUUUUUGGGGGGGGGUUUUGACAAGGAAUUCUACUUCUACUGCUAAUUAUUUAUCUUUGUGUCAAAAGCUCUGUUUGGUCAAGGCAUUCUAUAAUUGCUUUUGAUUUAGUAAAAAAAAAAAAAUGCACUGAAUUGAGUCUGCAGAUAAGAAUUUAAUUUAUUUUUGAGAGAGUGCUACUCUGCAUAAAUGCGCAGCGGGAGCCCCUUUUGUUUAAGUGCUACACACAACGUCUGCUCGCUCAGAAAAAGGAGAAGUGUGGGACGUGGGCAGGCUUAUUGGCCGUGAGUGGGCUGUGAAGAGAUUACUAUUUAAUGUCUCCCAUGUCCAUAUACAUUACACCCCUUGACUGUCAUAUUGCGCUUGUGAAGGAUAACAAUCGCACAUAAUCCCAUCUCGUAUGAUGGACCCAUCCACUUUUCCCGCUCCCCAAAUUGCCCUCCCCGUGGAAACAUCCAUUAGCUCCCCGGCCGUGCACUCGGCUGAUUGUGUUCUGGUUUGAUGGACAGCUAUUUCCGCGGCCAUUCCGCGUUCCCGGCGCUACAGCAGCGAUAAGUGAGUGAUAACCUAGUAAGCCGCCAGCCGUCCCAAAUGAAUCGCCCUCUGUGCUGGGACGUGUUUUCGCCUCCCCCCCCCACCCCCUCCUCCCCUUCCCCGCAGUUGUUACCGACCGCUCUGCGUCCCGACUCGUCGUUUGGGGGAGUGACUGAUGCUCCGAGCAUACGGAUUGAACCCGAGGCAGUCCGUCUUUGGUCCUUGGCGCGAGAGCCCGCCCACCCGGUGCCCGCUGCCACUCACCCUCACGGCCAAAGUGGAAGAUUGAUAGUGUUGGAAAUCAAAGCAUAUGCAUCAGAAGGCAGCUGCUGCUGCUGCUGCUGAAGGCCACCCCAAGUUCCUUUUUUUAUUUUCAUUAUGUAUGUAAUGCUUAUUUCUAGGGCCGGGACUUUAGCGCGUUAAUUACGAUUAAUUAAUUACAAUGUGAAUUAAUUCACUCGCUCGCAUUUUUACACUUAUUUUCUGCACCGCGGAACGUUUCUCACUGGAUGAGUUUCGGGGGGACCGAUUAUACUGGAGCACCAACUAGCAUUCAUGACUUCAGACAACAACAAACCACAGUGAACAUGAACGAAGAAGCUGACGAGACCGUGUCGGGUGGCCCGUGAAUGGGAAAUCUUAUUAUAAUAAACACACGGAUGGAAGCGUCGAUAAGAGCGUGGUUGUGUUUAAGCUGUGCAACAAGGAAUUCACAUCGAGCCUCAAGUAUCACCUCAACGCUAAACAAUUAGCAGCUAGCGUGGACGUUAGCUCGACUCCGAGUACAAGGACCCACACUGCACCAGAGGACUGGUUUAAGGACCAGGGUAACUAAGUCCACGUCUGAAAAAAUAACCAAUGUUCUGAAUGUACUUGAAAGUAUUGGUCUACUUAAAAAAAACAUAGUUUAUAGGUCUACUUACCUAUAGGCUACCUGAAUUUCUGAAAGUACUAUAUUUCUAAAUAUGCUAUUGCUACACUUGUCUGCUGGAAUUGGUUGAACAAAAAUAAAAAUCCAUGUGAAAAAAAUUAUUAAAAUUACUCACUGUUCUCAGGUCAAAUAUUUAUGCAAUUAAAAUGUGAUUAAUUUUGAUUAAUUAAUUACAAAGCCUCUAAUUAGAUUAAUAUUUUUAAUCGAGUCCCGGCCCUAAUAAUAUAUAUAUUAUAUAUAUAUAUUGACCUUACAUAUAUUUUUUUAUAAUAAUUUUUUACCUAUUAUUUAAAAAAAUCUUUUCUUUUUUGACCCUACAUAUUGACUUUUUUCACAAUAUUUUUUUCCCAUGACAUGACUGGAAUGAUUUUAGAUGGAGCAACCUACACGUCCCUGUCACUAAUGCCAAAUGCCCCAAAUUUCUGUACUUUAAACCUUAUCUGGGUUCAACCCUCAAGGGACAAAUCCUUUUUUAGUUUUGGGUAACUAACAUUUAUAAAAAAUCAUAAUGGGAUAUUGCCCCAGAGACAGAUUGGUGCAUCUUGGAGGAUCAACCAUGCUAUUCAUCCUUCCUGCAUUGGUAAAGGCACAAGUGAGUUGAAUGUGAAUGUAACAGAGAAUUGGAGGGUGGAUAUACUAAAAAGGGUAAACAAAUCUACACCCUGUGCCAGACUGUCAGUUUAAGGUCCACAGGAUGCCCUGAAGUAGACAAACAUGUGAUUGUCUUGAAAAAGGCCCUCAGAGGCGUAAUAAGUUUCAUGUCAGUGUGACCACUGAAUGAGACACAUCUGCUCAUCUUUACUGACUCAUCCGGCCUUCUCUCCCGUCAAAAAGGUGGAACCCUAUAGGCUAUGUAGCAUGGCUAAUAUGUGAUAAAAGCUUAAUUAGCAAUUAACAUCAAAUUUAGUCAAUUCAUCAUUCAAAAGAUUCUUCAUCAUUCUUAACAAUGCCAUCAUAACCCAAGUGAACGCGCCUUGUGUUUCUGCAUAACCCCCAGGGUACACUUCUCUGAAACAACCAGUGGGGACAAUGCCCCCACUACUACCUCCGCGGUAGUGCGCUCAAGACUUGGCAGGAGCGGGAUUUGAACCCACUGGCGGCGCUUACAGAGGCUUUCGGCUCCUUCUUGCACCCCUACACUACCAGUCCUGGUCACAUUUUGGCAGCUUUGAUUCUCCUAUUUAACCUUGAGCAUGUGAGUUAAACUUUAAAACUCUUUUAAAUGCCAUUUCCACAUCUGGGCCUGAACCCACAACCUUCAAAUGCAGUACAGGGGCUUAUGUCAACAGCUCUUCCGAUGUGCUACUUCACCACACACUAACCAGCCCUUUGUUUGUUGUAUUUAACCUUGAGACUGCUACUCAAACCUGAAGUAAAGCCAAAGGCUCAAACCCAAGACUGGGCUUGAACCCACAACCUUCAAAUGCAGUGCAGGCUUGUGGCAGCAGCUCUUCCACUGAGCUACUUCACCACGCACUAACCAACCCUUUGUUUGUUGUAUUUAACCUUGAGAUUGCUACUCAAACCUGAAGUAAAGCCAAAGGCUUGAACCCACAACCUUCAAAUGCAGUGCAGGCUUGUGGCAGCAGCUCUUCCGCUGAGCUACUUCACCACGCACUAACCAACCCUUUGUUUGUUGUAUUUAACCUUGAGAUUGCUACUCAAACCUGAAGUAAAGCCAAAGGCUUGAACCCACAACCUUCAAAUGCAGUGCAGGCUUGUGGCAGCAGCUCUUCCGCUGUGCUACUUUACCACGCACUAACCAACCCUUUGUUUGUUGUAUUUAACCUUGAGAUUGCUACUCAAACCUGAAGUAAAGCCAAAGGCUUGAACCCACAACCUUCAAAUGCAGUGCAGGCUUGUGGCAGCAGCUCUUCCGCUGUGCUACUUUACCACGCACUAACCAACCCUUUGUUUGUUGUAUUUAACCUUGAGAUUGCUACUCAAACCUGAAGUAAAGCCAAAGGCUCAAACCCAAGACUGGGCUUGAACCCACAACCUACAGGGUGAGGACAGUAGCUCCUCUGCUCUUGUGCUGCACUACCUCACCAUGCACAAAUUAAAUUUUUGUUUCUCGUAUUUAACCUUGAGACUGCUACUCAAACCUCAAAACUCUUUCAAAGCAGAAGUGAUGUCUGCAUGAAGGGGCAUGAACCCACAACUUCAGACAGCAGGUUGGAGUCUGCAGCCCUUCAGUUGUUCCCUUGUGCUAUGCAAGCACAUGCCUCAUUGUGUCCGUUUCUCAUAUCAGACCUUGGGAUUGUUUACUAAACCUCAAAACUUUUUCUAAGUUUACAGUUUGAAGCCCUGACUUCAACCAAACCCUCCUUCUGAGAGAGCAGGUUUGAGCCGAGGAUCCUCCACACUUCAGCCUUCCUGCUAUCUCCCUGCACUGUUCCACCACACACCUGUUGAUGCUUUUGAAUCCAACCUCAAUUCUCAUAGAUUCUCAGGCUGGAAUCCACAACACAACACACUUGUCUGCUGGAAUUGGUUGAACAAAAAUAAAAAUCCAUGUGAAAAAAAUUACUUCUCACUGUUCUCAGGUCAAAUAUUUAUGCAAUUAAAAUGCGAUUAAUUUCGAUUAAUUAAUUACAAAGCCUCUAAUUAGAUUAAUAUUUUUAAUCGAGUCCCGGCCCUACUUAUUUCAUCUUCCUUUUUCCUUCUGGUUACCUUUCAGGGAGGGUGAGAUCAUUUUAUUUCUUCAUUUGAAGGAUUUUGAUACCCUGAUUAAAGAUAAAACACUAAAUCAAA